AAAAUGAUGUGAAAGCUACCAACAGCAAAGACAAAAGUGGGCCCUCGGGAGACGGCUGCUAUGACGCGCACCACAAGAAUUUACAGAGCACCUUCAUCGAUCUUCAACGCUCUCAGCCGUCGAUCAAUCCUGUCCGUUAUACAGUUUACGCGUAUGGGACAGGAUAGCAGUGGGACCCGGUAACAGAACAAUAUAGAGUAGGUCAAAACACACCUAAUCGACCCUUGAUUUUAGAAGAGAGAGAGAGAGAGGCGUACUUUUCUCAGAUCUCUGGAUGGUAUCGGGAUGUAGGCUUGUUCGACCAUUUCUAGGGUUUUACCGGAUUUUUCUUCUUCCUGCGAGAAAAAGCUUGAUUCUAGGCCAUCGAAUGCUGUAGAGAUUUGCAGGAGCAUGCUUUUGUUCUGUUCUAAGUUCACCUUUGAGAAUGGCAUAUGAAGAAGUUUUGAAGGCUGUUUUCCCUCUACUGGAGGGUGCAGACCUUGCAUCCUGCAUGCUGGUGUGUAAGCAGUGGAGAGACAUAGCCCAAGAUGAUUAUUUCUGGAAAUGCGUAUGUGCCAAGAGAUGGCCUUCAAUAUGCAAGCGUCCUUCUCCUCCAACUGUAACUUAUUACAAGUUAUGCCAAACCUUCUACAAACGUCAGCAUUGCCGAGCUCUUCCCCCUCCAAGACUGUCCUUUAAUGACCUGGAAUUUUAUAUUGACAUUUGGACAGGAGAGAGAUCAAUCUUCUCUGAAGUGGUCCCAGGCCCUGUUCUCCAAACUGGAAUUGUUGUCCCACCACCUGGCAUAUGCGACAUGCUUAGGUUUCACCUUGAGGGUCCUGAGUACAAGAUGACCCUACUUGUGGAGCCUAGGUUUACCGUUCCUCUGAUGGCGACUGUGAGCGUAUCAGUGCUUGUGGGACGGAAAGACUCCAAGAAGGUUGCUUGCAUAAUCAACAAAUCCAUGUUUGAUUAUAUUGAUCGGACAGCUUAUAGAGCCCUCGCAUUUGACUACCUUGACUUCUCCCCCAUCUAUCCCUUCAUUUCUGGCAUCAGGGCGUGGAUUUCAUUGCUUUUCAUGGAAGAUGGAAACGAAGGUGUCAUUAAUGUCUUUGGGCUUGAAAUGGAUUUCUGUGAUGCUGCAAACUCUGAGCCAGAGGUCCUUUGGCUAUUAGACAUGCUUGAUUGGAAGUGAAGACACCAAACUGGUUUAGCAGCACAAGGUUCCUGUAUGUGUAUGUAAUGCACUAUUUUGCUACCUUCUUUGGUUCUUUAAUAUGUGGUACCUAAGACAAAUACCUUCGACUCCCCCCCUCCAUUGUUGGGAGCUGAAUUAAGUGUUAUCUUAUUCUAUGUUCAAACUGUGUACAUAUUCAAUAAAUGUGGACAAUUUUCAUGAUUA